GAAAAAGCAAAAGUCCUAUAUGUUCUAAACUAUUUAGCAGCUGUUUGUGAGGCAAAGGACUGCAUCGAUUGGGGAAUGGCUGAACAGAUCGUGGUGCGAUUGCGAUGGGGUACUCCUGUGCUAUAAGACAUGAAGAGCUCAGGGAUCCUAGAAAAACACGGAUAGAGGAAUGACUGAAUAAGUUACGAACGGAACCUCCUGGAAGGCAAGAACAGUCUGUCUUUUGGCUGAUAUUCUCAGUGCUUACACAAUGCCUGGCAUGUAGCAGGCACUUAAUAAAGGCUUAUUUAUUAGACUGGUGAGCUUACUCGUCAAGUACAGGAAGAGAGCAGCAUUCUCAAGGGAACACAAGCAGCUGGGCUCAUUCGUCCCUGGGCCACAUGGGGAGAUGGGGAGAGCUCAGGGCCUGGAAACACCAGAGUUCAAACGCCGCCAGUGUGACCCUGCACAAGGCCCCUCGUCUCUGCUUUCAUUCCAGGUAAAGCAUCUCUGCCAGAGAAGCCCAAGGGAAGCCGGGUCCACAAGGUCCCGAAGGGCCGGCCCAACGGACCCACAAGCAACGCGGGGCUGUGCUAGAUCCAGGGAUCCUUUGCCUCCCGGGAGGCAGCCAGGAACUCCUGAACAAGCAGCGGCACCUAACCCUAAAUGCCCCGGCCGGAUGCAGAAAAGCCUGAAGAACAAGAAGCGGUGCCGCUAUGGCAGCCUCCUAUGCGCAAGAGAAGCAUCCAGGUACGGCUCCAGCCAGCAAUCCUGCCAGUCAUACGGGCACAGCCCUGGAAGAUCACGGAGCCCGCCGGCCGCCCCGGGCGGCACCCAGAGUCACGGAGCCCGCCGGCCGCCCCGGGCGGUACCCCGAGUCACGGAGCCAGCCGGCCGCCCCAGGCAGCACUCCGAGUCACGGAGCCCGCCGGCCGCCCCGGGCGGUACCCCGAGUCACGGAGCCAGCCGGCCGCCCCAGGCAGCACUCCGAGUCACGGAGCCAGCCGGCCGCCCCGGGCGGCACCCCGAGUCACGGAGCCAGCCGGCCGCCCCAGGCAGCACUCCGAGUCACUGAGCCUGCCGGCCGCCCCGGGCAGCACCCUGAGUCACGGAGCCAGCCGGCCGCCCCGGGCAGCACCCUGAGUCACGGAGCCAGCCGGCCGCCCCGGGCGGCACCCAGAGUCACGGAGCCAGCCGGCCGCCCCGGGCGGCACCCAGAGUCACGGAGCCAGCCGGCCGCCCCGGGCAGCACCCUGAGUCACGGAGCCAGCCGGCCGCCCCGGGCGGCACCCCGAGUCACGGAGCCAGCCGGCAGCCCUAAGUAGUAGUUCCUCCCACAAGGAAAGUGCUUGACUUCAAGUUCUUCACAGCAAUGAAAUCAGGGCUGCUCCUCAAAAUGAAAACAAAAAAACAUUUAGGACUCUGAUAGAAAACUGAAUUAAGGCCCGUCCUGCCCUCGUGGGGCUUGCAGUCUAAACUAAUGAUAACUCCAAUCCGGGGGGUAGCAGAGGGAUUCGAUGAAGGAGUCGGAUACCUGGAGAGAACAGCAAGGGGGAGGGAUACGCAGAGGAGGCCUGAUGGGGCGGGAGGGGAAGGGGCAGGAUUGGAAGACUUCCGGCCUGCCUCUACUGCGCACUGGCUGUCGGACUGGAGCUGCCUAAGCUCUCUGGGUGUGUUUUCGUUGGAAAAUACAGGAGUCAAACUAAAUAGUGUUUUCCAAGGGUUUAUGGGCUAGAUAGUCUUUAUUUCUUUCUAAAAUGUCUUUAUUUAAAACUCCAGUACAAAUAGAAAAAGAAAAAAUGCCGCGUGCACAGCGGAACACGAGAACUCCCGAAUUAUGGAAUAAAAUUUUAGAGAAGCCACCUAAUAAACACGACAGUCUCCACAAA